AUGGCACUUAAAUGGCGCGGCCAGGACUUGUUCUGGGCGCGAUGCAGUACGGAUGCGGAAGUCCACGCGAUGGGCUCGACCAUCUUUCGAUUUCUGGACCCUUCGCUUUGUCCAAGCUGCAAAAGGAUGUACUUUGAUUUCUCUGAUCCGCAACCUGACCCUACCACCCACUUCGUGAUUCAAGAAUUGGUUGGUAGAUACUGUGAACUAGAACUACGAGCAUCCACAGGUUGUCCUCUCUGCUCGUUUGUCCGGUCUGCAUUAUUACUAGAGCCACAGCAGGUUAUGUCCGCUGAAGAAUGGCCGAUGAAGCAAGGCACUCCAGUCACUCUGUCCUACGCGCUUCCUCUAUGUCAAAAGCUAUUGACGGCAAAUGACUCUCGUUGGCUACCAUUAGUGGUGGUGCUGCGGAGCCAGAACACGGUACACAUGGUCAAUAUGACUUUUAUGAGACAACAAAUGCCGUACGUGGCUUUGACGGAAGAUCCUAUGGCAGAUGUAUGCCUGCGUAAGAUUAGGUCCUGGCUAGAUGUGUGCUCUAAGUCACACAAAUGGUGCAAAUCUAAUGUUAAAGCGUUCAUGCCAACUAGGCUCCUCGAUCUGGGCGCUUCAGAUGAUAAGCUUCGUAUUCAUAUCUGCAAUGACCAACCACUCAAUUACGUAGCUCUGAGUUAUUGUUGGGGCGACCAAAUGCAUGGAUCAACAACAACAACAACAUCUCGAAAUUUCAUGUCUAGACAAAAAGGGUUCGAUGCAAACAUUCUUUCAGAGAUAUGUCGAGAUGCUAUCCGUCUUGUUCGUGGCUUAGGUUUACGAUAUAUGUGGAUAGAUUGUUUGUGUAUCAUCCAGGACAAUAAAAUUGAUUGGGAAUUUGAGUCUGCACUUAUGGGAUCCAUCUAUCAGAACGCCUAUGUCACGUUAGCAGCGGUAGCUGCAUCCUCUGCCUCUGAAGGGUUUCUCAAAGGACGAGAAUAUACGAGGUUGGCCAUCCAAUUUGUGUUUCAGGAUGGAAAUGGAAAUGGGGAAUUGGUGGAUGGAACACUGUUCGCCCAUCACCCCGGACCCCAGCCACCAUCACAAGCAAUUUACAAAUCCAAGUGGCGGUCUAGAGCAUGGACGUUUCAAGAAGAGAUGCUCUCUACAAGUAUUCUCUACUGUACCCCAAGUUCAUACUACUUUGAAUGCCUGGCUGGAGACGAGGUCGAGCAAAAUUUGCCUAAACCCGGCCCCAGAAAACAACUGCCAUGGCGUGAAGAUUUUCGAACAGAAGAAGGUCAGACCUCUUCUAUAGCUGUUACUUUCGACGAUUGGUAUAGUUUGAUAGAGAACUACUCUGGCCGAUUCGUUACGGUGUGGCAGGAUAUUCUCCCAGCAUUAUCUGGUCUUGCUCACAUCUUCGCGCAACACAUUGGUAGUAAAUACAUUGCCGGGUUAUGGGGAAAUGAUAUAAUUCGCGGUCUUCUUUGGAGACAUCAUCCUGCUCAUGCGAUACAAGUGCAAAAACAACCAUAUCGCGCACCGUCCUGGUCCUGGGCAGCAGUACCUGGGUCGACUUAUUGGAGGACGUAUUAUCAAUUUACAAAACAACCUAGCUUCAACAUUGAAGCCAUCGAUGUAAUGCCGUCCGGAGCAGACGAAAUGGCAAGCGUGAAGCAUGGUAAACUAUCUAUUCGUGGGAAACUUGUUCCAGCUUCAGUAAUUCGUCAAAUUGUUCCCGAAGAUGAGCAAAGUGACUUCGAUGGAAGUGACUUCCCGCUCGAUUGGAUGCGGAGCAAUGUCGACAAUCCUCAAUUCUUCUGGGAUUUCAAGAUGGGAUGGGAAGGCAAAGAAGAUCUUUCGGAGAUUAAGGCAGUACCUAUCGGUACCAGAGGUAUUUCAGACCUCGAACAUCAUUUUUUGGUUGGCUUGCUUUUAAAACCAAUAAAUACAAGUAGUAGAGAAGAUGAAGAUCAAAAUGUCUAUGAGAGGUGUGGAUAUUUCGAGCUCGAUGGUAUUAGAUAUUGGCAAAUAUUCGACUCUUUUCCGAUAGAUCUAUUUCAAAUUAUUUAG